AUGAACAGCUGCAAGCACAGAGCCUGGCUGUCCAUCCAUGGAAAGGAUAAAUUCCUGUUGCAUUGUGCUAGUACUCUGAAUGAUAUAAUCACGGGGCUGGAUAAACCUGCUAGCAAAAGUCCAAGUCUGGUCGUCAUGUUUGGCAGCGCUGCGAAGGGAACAUUAUUAGCUAAUACUUUUCCCACUAGUAAAACCUGCGUGAACAGUCGAGCGUCUCAUGGAGUGACUUUACAACUAGACCCAACUACCGCUUUUAGUGAUCGUCCCAUGCUAAUUGCACACGAAGAUAUUUCGAAGCGGAGCACAUUUGUAGCAGAACCCGCAGUCGCUCUCUGUCACCGCCAAACGACUGAUACGUCCAUUCGCGGAUGUGGAAUUCGCAACAUGCAGCAUCAGGUGGAUCCGAUGGUACCAUGGCUGGAGCAGGUGCUUAAUCAAGAGCCCAGUACUGCGGCACACCCUCGAUUACUCUUCAUAGCAUCACCUUCCGAAAAGCGAAGCGAGGCCGCUGUAAAAAGUUGCCUAGUGAAGAUCUUACGUGCGCGUCUAAAACAGCCCAAAUUUGACAUAUCUUCUCACGUUUCUGUAUACGUCAAACAUACUAGCAUUCAGACGCUAACCGACCGCGUCAAACGCGAGGUCGAUACUAGCAGAAACGAACGUGUUCGCAGCUACACCCUCCUGAACGCAGUACACUUUGAUAUUCUAUUCCGUAAGGCUUGCGAUCAUUUCGUCAGCAAUGAACGAACCCCAUUCGACAUGAUCGCUGCGUCGCGGUCCCACCGCCCCGUGUCCACGCGCCUGCCGACGUAUCUGAGUGCCCUUUUCGACUCGGUGGACGACUUGGAUGAAACACUGGAGUUUGCGAUUCCAUUUAUGGCAGGUUGUCUCGCGGUUGACAAUUAUGCAUAUGACGUGCCCUUGUUCGACCCUCUCAAGGUAUUCCAGACUCAUUAUAAGUCCGCUUGUAUAGAAGCAGCUGGAAACAAAAUGCUAAAGUCCUCGAGAAAUGGCGGCGAUGUGGUGUUGCUGCUUCGCAGUGAACUAGUCUCACUUAUCGAGCAGCACUUCGUGCAGAGAAGUAAGAUACUUUGCCCAAACCCUCGCAUGAGACUACUGGCAGACUUUCGACAUUGGCUGAUGACGAGGAAGCUUCACAGGGUCUGCUUAGCUUGCGUGCAAGCAGAUCCGCAGCAUAAGCUCCAGUGUGGCCAUUUGGUUUGCGAAAAUUGCCUGACAGCUAUGGGAAGCUGUUUAGAGAGCGACCCGUAUCUGUACCAGUUGAGUCGCUGUCCUCUUUGCUCUCAGGCUUCCGAAACUAGUGUGCGCGUGAAACCUGCCACUGCUGGUCUUCGCGUGCUGUCUAUCGAUGGUGGCGGCAUCCGCGCAGCGAUUCCCAUUCAAUUUCUCUGCGCACUCGAAAAGGCUAUAGGUCUCGAUAUGCCAAUUCAAGAACACUUCGAUCUGGCCUAUGGAACAAGUUCAGGUGGUUUGGUCAUUUUGGCUCUCUACGGUCUGGGAAUGCGACCCGAAGAAUCUUUCACAUUGUUUAAACAGCUAUCAACACGCAUAUUUCGUGGGCGGAGCCAAUGGGGCUUGGGUCUUGCGGCCACCGUCUAUACACUCGUCACUUCGUGUCGCCAUGGCCGUUUUCCUGCCAGUGACAUUGAGGACGCCCUAGCGGAGAUUUUUGGCGAAGCCACCAUGUUGGACCUUCAAUAUGUGUCUUCGAUUGGGGCACGAGUUGGUCUGCCUGUCGUGGAUGCCGAAACACUAGAUACGUGUCUAGUAACGAGCUACAACGGAACGUCUUCCAGACAUGGCGACGAAAGAUAUACAGAUAUGUCAACGUACCGGCUCUUGCAAUCAAAAGACGCUGCCAGCGAGAUACGCAUCAAAGACGCUGCGCGAUGUACAUCGGCGGCUCCAUGGUAUUUCACGCCAUACAAGAUGCCUGGCCAUAGUACAUUCAUGGACGGAGGGCUAAGUGACAACAAUCCUUGCAUGCUCGCUGUACAGGAGCUUCAGAAGAUGGCUCCUGGGCUGAGCCGUUCUGACCACUUCGUAUCCGUUGGUACGGGCAUCUCGACAACGAAAAAGGUUGCCAAAUCCAGUGUCUACCCCAGUCUACUUUUCGGAAACAGCUCUCUGCAGCAGACCGCUAAACAUUACUUGAACGAGAAUUUUGAUGGCGAUAAGCGAUUUGCUCUCAUGCGACAGAUUCUGGCGAUAUCAUUGCCCGGAGGGAUUGCCGGCAUAGAUGAAUGGCUCCAUCGAUUCAAUCUACCAAUAGAAGGCGAGCUACCCGAUCUAUCUGACGUUUCUGCUGUAGAGAGUCUUGCUGAGGCAGCCCGUGCUUACUUUACGGCGGACCCGACCGUGCGUGAUUUGGCCGAUGCUGCACUCGCUCUCACAUUUUACUUUGAGUUACAGCCCGGGCGAAUGCCAGUCUACGAGCGUGGCUCCUACACAUGCUAUGGGAUGAUCCGGUGUCGGAUCCCCGGGGUCAAUCCCGCAUUUUGCCAACUACUGCAAAUGCUCGAUUGUCUAGACGCUAACUUCCAGAUCCAAAUGCAGGUGAAUGAUUCAAGAGAACCCAUGUCAGAGUGCCUCGAUCGGCAUGGGAACUUCAGCAAACUAGUAUGUUUGCGCGUUUCUUCGCUUGAUGAUGAACUAGAUAUUCGCCUAAGGUUACAUGAGGACCGUAUCCAUCACAUCAGCGCUUCGCCGCUAACCUUUAAGACUUUGGUUGAUCUACAGAUGCUCGAAUGGAGUGCGCUUAAAGAGGCGCAAACUGCUACGAAGGUGGUCAGCAAGAAGAGGCGGCUAGACGACUCGCCUCUGCAGGCAGAUAAGCGACGUCGUCUAGACGCCACGUGA